GAGGCGUGGCGGCCGUUAGGUUUUCAUGGUGAAUGGGGGCUCGGUUCGUCAGCGGUGCAGAUGUAUGAGGUGCAGUCGUAUCACCUGAAUCAGGGCGCCGUGGAGCUGCCCGCCUGUAUGUACAAGGUGGAGAAUUUUCACGGAUCCACUGUGGACGCUGAGAAUGGGGAUGAGUCUCCAGAGCUCCUGAAUUUGGAAUCAAGACAGACAGAUAUCCUGAAUCGUUUGUAUGAGUUGAAGGCUGUCGUUGAUGGUCUCUCAAAGACUGUUCUCACACCAGAUGCUGACCUGGAUGUUACAGAAAUUAACCAUGCCUGCUCUGAGCCAACAAUUCGGACUGCAAUUAGUUUAGACUCUGUACUGGGAAAGAACUCUGGUGCCCUCAGAGACAUCGUCAUCAAUGCCAACCCAUCUGAAGUACCGCUGUCACUGUUGGUCCUACACAAUUUGCUGUCUGAACAAUACAGGGUGCUGUCUUCAGUGCACGUGCACUCCUCUGUCCAAAACGUCCCCUCCCAACUCUGGAACUGUCUGGGAAAGAGAAGCAUUUGUCGAUCCCGGCGGGAAUAUCAGCUCGGUUUCACUCUUGUUUGGAAGGAAGUGCUCAAACCUCAGAUGAAGUUCAGCAUCCAAAGCAUGUGCUCCAUCGAAGGCGAGGGAAACAUCGCUCGCUUCCUCUUCGCGUUACUGGGCCACAAGUAUGAUGUGGUGACCUCCACACAGAUCGACAGCUGGGUGGACAUUGCCAUCUUCCAGCUGAAGAAAGGAAGCAGCAAGGAGAAGGCAGCAGUACUGCGCUCCUUGAACUCUGCCCUGGGCAAGAGCCCGUGGGUGGUGGGAGUCGAUCUGACAUUGGCUGACGUGGUGCUGUACUGUGUCUUGCUGGAGAUGGGGUUUGAGGACAUCCCAGCCAAUAUCCAACGAUGGGUGAAGUGCUGUGAGAAUCUAGCAUGCUUUAAUCUGGCAUUGAAACCAUUGAAGUAAAUAUCAUGGGUUAGAUGGAAACUAUCCUCUAGCUCUGUGGCAUUUAAGUUAGCUCUUAAUACUUACACAUGGACGUACCUAUUUAAAAUACUUAAUAAAUAUUUUUAAAGGCA